AUGAAGUGCAAUGAGGAAGAUACUUGUAAACCAAACUCCUCAUCAUGUAAAGAUGUUAUUAUUGACAAGGAAAAUGUUACCGUGGACAAACCAAAUAUGCCUAAACUCAAUCUUGAGCCACAGCAGAUGAAGCGAAAAAAGUACAAUCUGCGGAAAAGUUUAGCAUGGGACAGAGCUUUUUUCACUGAAGAAGGUGUUUUAGAUCCCUCAGAGUUGUCAACACUCAGUAGGAAUGUUGGCGGGCCUGUGUUCCAUGAAGGGAGAGAGUUAAGAUCCGGUGGCUUGGACUGCAUAAGCGAGUUACCAGAUUUGCAAGCACUUGAAGAUAAUUUGUUCAAGGAAUUGUCUCCUGACACUCUCAAUGAGGGUGGCAUGGCUGCUGUCUUCUCUCCAAAGCCUGCUUUAUUAGCUGGAGAUGAAGCAGGCCCAGCUUCUGUGGCCAAGCGAAAAGUUCUUUCAGCCUCUAAUAUUAGUCAAAGUGCACCUAAACGCAGUGGUUGCCCGCGACUGGUGGCAUCAUCUUCAUAUCCUUUAGCUCCAAAGCCAGAUCCGUCGGAUGUUUCCAUGGCUCCUAGAUCCGGCCGCUUGAAGCGUAAUCAGAUUCCUUAUCCAGGUAAUGGUCAAAAGAACAGUAGAUUAAAGGGCACUUCAACUAAUACCGGAACUGCUCGAAAAGAUAUGAAGCUUGGCCCUUCUGACAAAUCGGGGGCAAAAUCCACUGCUCAUCAUGCUAUAAGUAAGGUCAGUGCGGUGACAAAAGUACAUUCAUCAACAAAUGCACAUCUCCAGGUUAACCAAGCAAUUAAUAGGUCAGAAGUAAUCCCAGGUCUUGUACUUCCAGCUGCUGCCCAUCCACUAAAUGGCUGCGAUGGUAGUACCAGCAAAAUUGCAGUUUCUUUAUCUCAAAAUGCUUUCUGCAACAGUGGAAACGUGCAAUAUACACAGUCUCAAACAGCAAAACCAUCAUGCUUGCGAAUGCCAUCGCCAUCACUGGGAUUUUUUAGUCAGUCGAAAACUUCUGGUUCGCUUAGCCUCCUAGAAAGAACUCAAGCUGGCAAACUUCAGGCGUCUAAUAUUCCUAGUUUGCACAAAGCUGGCCUCUCAAAUGGUCAGUGCCCCCCGAAACCAUCCAAGAAAACAUCUGCAUUCUCGAGGACGGGGCGUGGUGCUUCUGCUGUCAAUCCUACUUCACAUGGAAAGAUCAAAUGCAAUUCGGAAUUAAAUAAUAAGGAGAAGAUGGCUCAGGCACCACAUAACUCUAAGGCUUAUGAUGAGCUAAAUAAUCAGCAGCAGUUGCUCGACAUUCAUGCCAAUCAGUUGCUCUUGCAUGGUUGCCCUGGUGAACAACUGAAGAAAGGUGAACGUAGCGAGAAAGUCAAUGGAUUUUGCCUCAAGGGUAGAGAUACGACUGCAGAUGGAUUAGACUACCCCCAUUCUGUAUUCAAUGCUAGCCUUGUAGCAGAAGUUGAUGGUCUUUCAGAGGAAAAUAGUAUGACUGCCAAUCAUCACAUUGAAGACAGAAAAUACAUUCCAAUAAUCAAGGAUAACAGUGACUAUUCAGAUUUUCCAUCUCUAGGUAUGAGUGGUAAUAGUGAAGAGGGUACCACAAAAGUGUAUGAUGAGUUAAGCUGGACGCAGGAAGUCAACAACCAGAAUGCGAAACAAACUGAGCUAAUGAAGCUUGACACCCAACUUUAUCCAGUUUCAAAUGCAGAGAGUUUGAGCCUAUGCUUGAACAAUAGCACUUCAAUUAAGGAUAGAUCUUCUGAAGAGCUUAACAAAUAUCGUAGUUCAAAUAGUCCAAAUGCCAUUCUUAAAACCCAAGACUGUAGUGCAGGUGAACUGAAAAUUCCUUUUAGUCCAUCAUGCUGCAAUGAUAUACUGUACACAGUAAAUGACACUAGUGGAAUUGGUAACUUGUAUAAGGACUUGCAUGCGGGAGAUGCAAAGAUGCAGUCUGUAGAUGAUAAUCUAUUAGUUGAAAGGGGUGAGAAAAGUACGCUGAAUGCUUUGGCAGUGGAUAAUCUGCCCUUGAUGAUUAUUGGUGAUCCAAGUGAAAAAACUGCAGAAAAACAAACAGAGCUUCCAUUUCCUUGCCUUGUAACAGAACAAGCUUCAGAAGAUGAUUGCAGAUUGCAUUAUGAUGGUUACUUACUGCAUGGAAGAAGAUUCUCCUCCGAAGAAUCCAAGGAGAAGAAUCUCCUUCAAAGCGGCAAAGAUAUGGGUUUAAAUGUUAAUACUAGCGGAGGCGAAUUGGAAAGUUCCAGUGUUCUUAGUUCAAAAUCACCUACCAAGCAUGAUUCUAGUUCUACUGCAGUUGGAACAUCAGAGUGCUUGCAUGUGGAAAACCCUUUGGUAGCUUCCGUAGAUAGAGGGAUAGUUAAGGUUGCUUCUGGGAUAAAUGAUUCUAGUGGAGAUGAAGGUUUGGUAGACAAAUGUGAGUCUUCUUUGAAAAAUUUCAUGGUUUCCUCUUAUUUACAGCCAGGAAAUGAUGCCAAUGCAAGGGUUUCUUCCGUACUGGAGAAUAGUUGCUCCACUUGUAUACAUCAUGUGAACAAAGACGUGGAAAAAACUGAGGUGAUGACUUCUUUCUGUGAAUCUGAUCAGGAAAAUCAGAGUCAAAGAGCAUUUGAUGAUAUCUUGUAUACUAAGAGCCGAUCUUAUGAAGAUCAAUGGAAAUUCAGUGAUAGCAACAUUGCUAAUAUCAGAGGAACAACUGCAAGUGAAGUGGAAAGUCUAAAUGGUAUUCACCAAUGUGAAAUAAUGGAUCAAACAAAUGAACUUGUUCAAAUUAACAGAAUGACUGAGGAAACAGGAACGCAAAAUGCACAAGUGCUGUCCUUUGAUUACAAUUUGUUACGUGAUGGUCACAAGAGUAACAUUAGUCCUUCUGUGGCAAAUAGAACUUCUCCGGUAUUGGUUGAUGACAUUAGAGAACAACCUGAAGAACAUUUUGCAGUUAGAAAUCCUUACCUGAUGAUUGAGCAAGCUUCCCUGGAAAAUCAUGAAUUUUGUUCAGAUGGUAACUUGUUGCUCAUGGAUAAUGCUUCUGUAGAACUCCGAAAAGAAGAUGCCCUUCAAAAUGUUCUGGGUGUUGGUUUAGAACAGGGUGAUGGUUUAUGUGAAUCAAGAUGUUAUGAUGUUGGCACUCAAGUGCCACCUGUGAUUAAAGAUGCUGGUUCAGAUGUGGAUAAAAACGCUGAGCAUGCAUUUAUGGUUGAUAGAGAGCCAGGUUUCAUAGAGACUCUGCCAGCAGUUGAAAACAGAAAAUGUAGUAUGGAUGGUAAGAAUAGGCGUGAUGGCAAGAUGAUUGAUGAAGCAACUUCCUUGGAACCCAAUUCAUUUUCAGUCAAGAGCAGGCAUCAAAUUUCAUCACCAGCGGAUAAUUGUGACUCUAAGUUGUUUUGCUCUUUGAAUGAAAAGUCCAAGUCAUUAGUGAGAAAGAAAGAGAAACCAAUUCGAAGAAUCCAGCAGGGUGCUGAAGCUGAUAUAUCAAAUAGUAACAUUUUGCCAGAGGAAGCUCAAAUUAAAGUUCCAGAGACCAGUAGCGGAAUCAGCAAGGAGCUGCAGCAUGAGUUGAAUGUAAUGUACCCUACGGAAGAUGAGGAUGCAACAUUGUCACUCCAGAAGCCUGUCAACAACAAGAAACAAGAUGCUUCUGUAAUAAAACCACUACGAAUUCUCGUUCCUUUCUCUGAUGAAUGGUUGGCGGCAUUUGAAGAUGCUGGGGAGGAAAUUUUAACCAUGAAAGGCGGUGCUGUACAGAAUUCACCCCCUGACAAGUUUGAACACGAACCAGGUCCUUGGUCCCCUGUACGCCGGAAGAAUGCUCAAGGGAUUGGGCCAUUUGACUGUACAAAAUUCACGAACAACAACAUCCCGCCUUCCACUUCUGAUUGA